CUGAGGGCAGAGGCUAUUACUCUUUGGCAACGGAUUCUGCCGUUAACUACUCUUUCUCUCUUCCUUUAUUCUCUCUCUCUACCAACAAAUUUAAUGCAUUCUACCUUCCCUCAUUUAAAGCUUUUGAUUUCAAUCUCAUUGAGCCUCUCCCCAUAAACCUUACUAUUAAAUGCACCACUCUCUCCCCCCCCUCCCCCCUCUUAAAAUAUCCCCACACGCUCUCUCUCUUUCUCUCUCACUCUUCUCUCUCUCUCUCUCUUCACAAAUGGAUUCACCAAAGAAUCACAACAACGCUUUCUCCUCCUUCUUCUCCCUCUCCUCAAACCCAUGUCCAUGUCUUCAACCUCAUCAUUCCUCAACCACCUUGGCCUUGGCUACUCCAUAGCCAUAGCCCUUGCUUUCCUCGUUCUCCUCUCCACCCUCAUCUUAUCUUCUUACCUCUGCUGUAACCGCAACCGCCACGUGUUCCAUAUGUCUGUGUGAGUACAAGGAUUCGGAGAUGCUGAGGAUGAUGCCAGAGUGCAGGCACUAUUUCCACGUCUGCUGCCUUGACUCCUGGCUUAGGCUUAAUGGCUCCUGCCCCGUUUGCCGGAACUCGCCGCUUCCGACGCCGGUUCCCACGCCGCUGUCGACGCCGCUGCAGGAGGUGGUGCCGCUGUCUCAGUAUGCUGCUGAUAGGAGGAGGAGGUGAUGCCUCUUUUUCAAGGGAGAGGGGAGGGGUAAUUUGGGUAUUUUAUUCACUAAUUUUAGGAGGAAAAAACAUGGGGAUCUGAUUUUUCUUUUUAAUUCUUAUUUUGGGACUAUUGGGGUGUUGAAAAGGUUAUAAAGGAAGGAUUUUUAGUUUUUCGGGUUUGAUGUAAGUGGGAAUUAGGGAAUAGAGAAGUAGUAGAAUGCUUAGUGCUAGUUGUUGGACUAAUGGAAAUUUCAUAGGAGUUUUUAUUUUUUUUCAAUUAGAAUUUAACGUAUCAUAGCAUAAAGUUAAAUAGUUUGAUUCUUGCUUUAUGAAUUAGAGAUUUUUUGUGUUACAAUUCAAAGGUGCUGGAAAAUGAUUUUAUCUUUAAGAAAUUCAGAUUUGAAAAUAGAAUUUCAUCUUUGAGC